AUGAACCCCAUUUGGAAGUCCUUUGGUUUGAUGCUGUUGAUCAUCCUGAUUAGCUUCCUAAUACCUGAAUAUAAAAGCACACGAACUAUGGCUGCUCAGGUUCCACCAAGCAAUGCUUUAACUGCACAGAUGUCUCUGCACUACAGCACCAAUGAGACCUACUCGGUGUAUGUACAGGUGGAUACCAAGGCUGUCCUCUCCUGCUUGACUCACCAAAUAAAAGAACUUGUAAUGUUAACCUGGGAAAUACACCUCAGGAACAAAAUUCCCUGUAUCCUGGCUUAUAGAAAAGACAAGAAUGAAACCAGGGAAACAAACUGCUCUGGUGAAGGAAUAACCUGGGAAUCUAGAUCUGACUGGAACUAUGGCCUUCAGAUAAACCCAGUGACUAUCAGGAAUGAUGGAGAUUACAAAUGUGUUUUUGUAACGCCUGAAGGGAAUUUCCAAUGUCUUCAUCACCUCAGUGUGUUAGUUCCUCCUCUAGUAAGCCUGUCUAAGGAAGGGAAAGAGUCUGUUGCGUGCAAGGCUAUUGCUGGGAAGCCGGCUGCCCAGAUCACUUGGACUCCAGAAGGAGACUGCUUCACUAGGAGUGAAACUCAUGAUAACAGGACAGUGACUGUGAAAAGCAGUUGUAGCUGGAAAAGCUUCAAUGGAUCUCGUGUCACCUGCUUCAUUUCCCAUUUGACUGGGAAUAAUAGUUUGUCCAUAGAGCAUCAAACCCCUGGUUCGCCAAAUUUUGCAAGAGACAUUACUGCUGUUUUAAUGGGCAUUCUGGUCAUUGUGGGAUUGGCUGUUCUUUAUAAGAAUUCCAAUGGUUGCAGGAAUUGUAAAUCCCCAAAGCCAGAAGCUACUCCAUGUGUUGGAGAGGAUGAAGUGGAGCCAUAUGCCAGCUACACAGAGAAGAACAAUCCACUUUAUGAUACUAGGACUGAGGUGAAGAUUUCUAAAGCUUCACAAAGUGAAAACUUUGGGUUGGAGUUCCAGGUGGGACUCACCAGAUAGGACAGAUUAAUCCAGGUGCAAUAGAAUCCUGCUGCUACUUGUGAUCUCUUGGGAUUUCUGGGAAACAACAUUCUUCUGAAGCCUCCCAACGUCAGAGAUUCUGGAAAUGAGAGACAUGCUUCCUGAUAAGUCAUCAGAAGCGAGAUUUUGGGAAACAUAACAGCUACCAGUUGGUGCUCUGAUGAGCUGAUGGACUACAGAGACAUUCCAGUAUUCAUCACUUCCUUAUCCCCUUUCACUUAACUAAUCUAAUUCAUAUACUUAGAUAAUAUAAUAAAAUACUGAACCAUUUAUUUAACCAUUA